UUGUGAAUAACCUGAAGCAGUUACACUGCACAACAUUACAUUUCAAUCAUCCAGUAUACAAUUAAAAUGAUCCAAUGACACAAAUCUGACUAAUUUAAUUGCCUUUUGUGAUUUCUGGUUCUGUAUCUUUGGUGCAAAGAAACUUGAAGCUAAUUUACCAGGCUCAGUAUUUAUCAGAGGGACUUCAAGGGAGAGAAUUUCUUGGGAGCGAGGGUUAGGUGAUGACAGGUGGAUUUAAAGUAUUAAAAGAGAAGUGAGGGGGUAGAGUAGCUUGGCUAGGAAUGCCUUAUAAAUAAAAAGGAGGCACUGUCGUUUCCCUUCCGUCACGAAAAGACUAACCGAUGUGCCUGUGUAGCUCAUAGCGGUGAGUUGUGAGAAAAUCACCACUGAGAGCACUCUGGAAGGCUGUCUCUAGUGAAGAUUACACAUAAUGUCACCAUAAUGUAAAACUUAGAAUAUGUUUGGUUGAACAAGUGUCAUUGUGUUCUCUAAAGAGAAGCGUGUACUACAUAAUCUCUAAAUGUUAAGUUUAGAUCCAGUGAGCGUGUGUGAGAACUGUCUAAACCUCCAAACCCCGUAGAGUUUCACUACGUGGUCCUCAACCACGUAAAGCUUCCCUCACUUCUCUCUUGCUCUCGACCAGUGUGCACACACACACACACAUCUAAAUUUUAAAUGUCAAUGUCAGAGAACAGGAAAUGAAUGAAUGCAGAUGACACCCUGUAAACCUGAACCACAGGUAUCUGUUUGGUUAUAAAAUUUCAUUUCCCAGCUCUUCACUGUAUGAGUCGGUGCUUCAGCCUGAAGGCUUCUGGCCGAGCCAUCCAACUGCUGGUUUAUCUGCUCCGACACACACCCUCUCGCUGGGGACGUGUCACUCCACCGCCCCCUCCUCCAGCUCCUCAUUUCUGCUGACUCCCUGCUCACCCUCUCCUCUUUGCCUCCUCACCUCACCCCUCUCUGGAUGCCAGUAGCUUCUAGUCAUGGAGCAGAUGACAGUCACACACCAGCCCGAACUGUCAGUCACCGAAGCCUCAGCUACGGUGCCUCCAGAGGAGGAAGUAUCGGGCUCCACCACAGGAAGUGAGGGCAACCGGAGGUCAGACGAUGUCCCCGCGGUGACAGAACCAAUACUCACGCAGCCCGGCCUCGGCAUCACCACGACAACCAUCACCACCAUCACGCAGACGGGAGGAGACUGGAGCACCGGCCUGUUCGACGUCUGUGGAGACAAGACUACAUGUAUUCUCGGGGCUCUGGUUCCCUGCUGUUUGGACUUGAGUUUGUCUCACCAGUAUGGCGAGUGUCUGUGCAUGCCUCUUCUUCCAGGUUCCACUUUUGCCAUGCGAGUUGGAAUCAGGGAGCGAUACAAGAUACGGGGAAGUGUGUGUGAAGACUGGACCACAGUGUACUGCUGUUACCCUCUGGCCGUGUGUCAGAUGAUCAGAGAGAUGAAGCGGAGGAUGAAGACACAGACGUAUCAUGUGUCCACUGCCCUCGAAUGCUCCUGAACUAGACAGUGAAUGAGUCCUGUCUUUUUUUUUUUUUUUUUACAAUGCAACAGAGGCUGUGCAAGUCUGCAGAUUUCUGGUAUGAACAGCAAGAAGAAUCAAUACUAUGAGGUUUGAACUUACUUUUAAAUGCCCCUGAGGAUGCCUCUGCCAAUAAAUCAAGCCUAACCUGCAACAUUCACAGACUGGAAAGGACGAAUUCUGAUUAAUAGCAUAAACAGGAAGAAGAAUCAGAGCUGUUCAGUCUGGACCGGAGUGUAGAGCUUAAAGUGCCUCGAAGACUGUUAGAUUGUAACUGAAACCCACUUUUAAUCUACUGUUGGACCCCUGUUUGAGAGAAUAUUACAAAUAAACAUUGUAAUGACGCA